CUGCCCGGUUGUGUCCGGGUAAGAUGGCGUUGGAAGAGCAGUGCUCGGCACCACCUCGAUGGCGGUCCAUAUCUCUGACACACGUAGAGUUCCCGGAGGGAGACCUGACUGGACAUAUGCUGGCCUACUUCAGUCUGCUACCCAUAGCAAUCCUCGUGGGGUUUGUGACACUAAUAGUGUUUAAACGGGAGCUGCACACGAUUUCCUUCUUUGGUGGAAUAAUCCUGAAUGAAGGGGUGAACUGGCUGCUGAAGCACAUCAUCAGAGAGCCGCGCCCAUGUGCAGGAACUCACACAACCCUGCACACAGAUUAUGGGAUGCCCUCCAGUCACUCCCAGCUUAUGUGGUUCUUUGUUGUUUACUUCUUUCUUUUCCUUUAUUUAAGAAUGCAUCAAACGAACAAUGCUCGAUGUGUGGACCUGCUAUGGAGACACAUACUGUCCAUCAUCCUGUUGGGCAUGGCCUUAUCAGUCUCAUACAGCAGGGUCUACCUGGUGUAUCACACCUGGAGCCAGGUUUUCUAUGGCGCAGUGGCCGGUAGUACGAUUGGCAUAAUCUGGUUCUUUUUCACACAAGAGAUGCUGACCCCAUUAUUCCCCAAAAUAGCAGCGUGGCCAAUAUCAGAGUACUUCCUGGUGCGAGACACAAGUCUGAUUCCCAACAUCUUAUGGUUUGAGUAUACAGUGACCAGAUCAGAGGCAAGGAACAGACAACGAAAGCUUGGAACAAAACUUCAGUGAUCUACACAGUCCUUCUGUGAAACAGAGUUUAGGACCACACACACACACACACACACACACACACACACACACACACACACACACACACACACACACACACACACACACACUUAUACACGUGUACACACAAAACAAAUGCUCACUCGACAAAAACACACUGGAGAACCAUCUUUUGGACUGACGUGGUUGCAAGGAGUUAAGGGCAAGAAAACGUUUACAGGUGGCGAAAGAGUGCCUGGACCCGGCCCGGAGCCUACAGCCUGAGCAAGUCCGUCCACACGCCUCUCCUCCUUGUACAGCUUGCCCCAAAUGCUCUUCAAUGCAUGCAAGACUGUGCAAGAGGCAUACUAUUUAAUGAUAGAUUAAUAUAUAUAUUUUAACGAUAAGCGCACGCUGACAGUAACAGUGUACUGUAAGAGAUUCAAGGAACCGGAAGAGGAGGCUUAGGUCCAGUUACAAAACAAAUUGGUUGGGCUUCGUUGCAGCAUGUAUUUAGUGAUUCCUUUUUCCUUUUUCUUUUUUUUAUAUUCGGAUGGAUAGCUGGUGAGAACGGGUGGGGAGGGGGGUUGGUUGUGGCUAGGUUGGGGUUAGGUGGAAUUAACCAUUUUUCAUUGUUAUAUAAUAGAAAAUGAACAAUUUCUAAAAUUGGUUAUGAUGUAAUAUAAAUGAAAAUUUGCACUUUGUGAAAUUUACAAGAAAAAAAAAAAAAGACUAACACUAGUUAAAUGUUAAGUCCCUCCCCCUCUUUUCCCUCAUCAGUCUUUGCUUUGUGUCUAUGACUGUCGGUCCUAAUAUAUAAGACUCCAAAGCUGAUCUGCAGUGUAAAUUUAAUCUGUACUAUUGAGCAUAAAAGGUUGGGCUUUCUGUUCAUAUUCACGUUUUAGGAUGAGACUGAAUCACAGCAGCAGGUUUCAGUUAUUUCUGUCGUUGAACACACUUUGGACUGAGGUGGUGUUUUCUUAACGCCUCACACACAGUAGCAGCUUGGGAACAGGAUUCUGGGAAUCGGUUUUCUCUUUCUUUUUUUUUAUCCAUUCAGUUUCUUAUCUUGUUUUUCUGCUGUUGCAGAGAACCGUUUUCUUUUUACCUGCAUUUCCAAGAUAACAUUCCAUAUUAUUUAGUGUGAAAACAUACAUAAAGACUGCUGAGGGGAUAUGUUUUCUUUUUGUAUUACUUUUGAAGAAAGGAAAAAAAAAAGCCUCAGGUCAGUCGUAGCAUGUGAUUAUGCUUAAUUCCUCACAGCCCACGGCAGCUAGUGUUGACAGCUGUCAUGUGGGGAUCUUAAGCUGAUUUAAAACUGUCAUAUCAUUAGCUCCACAAAGGGAAGUAGUUCUCUUAGAAUUUGAUUUUUUUUUUUUUUU